ACUGCAUCCAUGGGUGAUCGGUGACUCUGCAUAGGAGGACCUAAUGGACUUGGAGGUUGUUUCACGGCUGCAAAGUUUCAAUGCAAGGUGCAAAUUCCGUGCUGCAGCAAUAGCGAGUGUGUUGAGUAGCAUGGUUUUCUUGAGAACGAAGAAGUUGAGGACUCUGUUAGGGUCCCAUGAUCUUACUCAUGAGGAGCUCGAGAAGCUGAGAAAACAUUUCAAGAGAAUAUGUGCAAAUGGAGACAAUGCCACUCUUUCUGAAUUUGAACAAGUGCUAAAAGCAAUGAACGUGAGCUCGCUUCUCCCCCUUGCUCCACGUGUCUUUGAUCUAUUCGACAACAACCGUGACAGGACUGUGGACAUGAGAGAGAUCCUAUGUGGCUUCUAUGAUACAGGCAGGUCAGGAUGCAUCAUGAAGGAAGAAGUAGCGUCAAUGCUUAGAGCCUUGCCAGAAGAUUGCCUUCCAGCUGACAUAACAGAACCUGGGAAGCUUGAUGAGAUUUUCGAUCGGAUGGUUGCCAAUAGUGAUGGAAAGGUCACGUUCGAGGAGUUCAAAGCUGCCAUGAAGAGAGACAGUUCCCUCCAAGAUGUAGUCCUCUCUUCCUUGCGGCCAAUCUAG